UUAUAGUUGUUUUUGUUUCUAUAUUCUAAAUGUAUUUUAACUUAGCGCCUUGAAGAUUUGCGACUGAUAAAUUCCACGAAGAUUGGAGAAACCCUAGUUUCGGCGAAUUCGAUAUUUGAUGUAGGUAUUAUUUUAUGAUUAGGAGUAAGAUGGCGUACAUUUGGAUUUUCAAUCCCUUCUUGCUGCUUCUGUUGUAGAGGGGGUUCCAGACUCAUGACAUAGAAAGCAGGAGGAGAGAGAGGCAGGCACGAGAAAAGGUGGAGAGAAGGUGAGGGACUUGGGGCCUAGGCAGUGCUUUACUGCCUCUUGCAGUGUAUUGGGAGGCGUGCUCCCUAAACUAUCUGCUCUCUUCUAAGCUUUCCAUCUCUUGAGUUCUGCGCCAAUUGAUAAGCUUGUCAGCAAUUAUGAUAUUUGUUGGCGGGGUUCCAUUUGAGAGAAAUUCCAUCUGUCAGGGGAGUUGUGACCUUGUUGCUUUGAUGGAGCACCCAGCACUUGUCUCUGCUUCACUCUCUUUCAAAGCAAUCCCCGAGAAGAAAUUUUCUACUUCGGAUGCAUCUUCUGAUGAAUUCACAAAUGGCAAGCAUGUUUAUUUGUUCCAACGAGAAUACGCUACGGUUGACCCUGGGCUUGUGGAUUUAAUUGGCACGGAUGAAGCAACUACUUGUGUGGGCGUUGUAUUUAGGAACCGAGAAAAUGGAAUGAUAUCAGUCGCCCACCUGGAUUCUCCAAAAAUUGUAGACCUUGGCCUCUCUCAGAUGCUGUCAAGAUUAGUCGAUUGUAAACAUGAUAGCGAGAUUGAUGUGCAUCUAAUUGGAGGUUUUGAAGAUACCCCAUAUAAACAUACUGCGCAUACUGGAUCCGGAAGCAAUUUGGAGCAUGAUGGUCAUUCUUUUCCCUUGUGUGCUAAAAUAAUUGAAGCCUUGGGAAAGAGUGUGGUGAAGUUUCAUAUCCAAACUUUAUUUGUCCUCAGCCACAAUACCAAAACAGAUGCUGCAGGGAAUGCACUCCCAAUGUUCAGUGGUUUGCUGGUAGAAACUAAGACAGGAACUGUCAUCCCAGCUACAUUUGAUGGGACCACAAGAUGCCCAGAUGAACUUGUAAGGAGAAUCCGAAUUUCUGCAUCCUUUGAGGACUCUCGUUGGAGAAACAAGUUACUCGAGACAUAUGACAGUCGAACUGACCAGUUCAUCAUUGCCCCUUGUUCUUGGAGCAAACGCUUGGUAGAUAUGGCUUCUCUUCUACAGCAGUUUCCUGAUGCAGAAGUCCUUCGUAUUUGUUCUACUUCACCUUCUGCUGAGGCACCAGACUUCGUAGAGACUCAUAGAAGGCUGUGGAACUAUUUGAUUCAACAUCCAAAUUGGACAGAAACUUUUCGAAUGGGAGAGCCACGUGUUUUUACAAGAACUGGCUAUGGAGGAUGGAUAAUGGUUGAGCAAGGUAGUCUCUUUCAAUUACCUCAGCAACUCAAGUCGUUUUGUUCUCAACGGACAUCCAUGGAUGUUGGGGAAGAGGGGAGAGAAUGAUGGAGGAGUUUCGGAAAAGCAUGAAAAUGGAGUUAGGCUGACAGAAAGCCAAUUACGACAUUUGCGUAUAUGGUAAGAACCAUGAAUUGAUACGAAGAUGAUUUAAGAUUGUUUGACACAUUCGAUUGUAUAAUACAUUGAGUUGUAUGCAUGUUGUAAUGAGAUUGUACAAAUCAAACAUGUAAUCGUCAAAAUAACUCAUUUGAUUGUAUAUGUUGACAAAUGUUGUCGACGAAUUCUCAUAAAUGUGCAAAAAAGUUUAUAUUUCCCCUGUGAUA